UUCUCUAAAUCUGGACAGGGAAAGCAUGGAGAACAGAAAUAAUGAAGAAACAACAAAAUUCUGGGAUCAGUUUGAAAAUAGUACAGUUAAGACUGAAGACGAAACCAACUCAACAUGCUUGACUGUAGCCCAGUUGUUCUGCUGUACUCUUCUUGCUGCCUUCGUGCUUGGUUUUGCUCUACUAAGCAAGGUUUCUCUUCUUCUGAUAAUUUCAGCCACAAGUGAUGCUUCUGUCUACUUUACCAAUAAACCCUUCAGUCAUCUGAUUCUUGGCUGCGUACUGGUAGUUCCCAGUACCCUGACGGCUGCAAAGUGUCUCUGGAAUCUCACAUUUCGUUCUGAAUCGUUGCUUCCUGCAAGCAGCCUGAUAACUGUGUGCCUCCUGGAAGCAGUUGCAUCCUUUGGUACAGCAAUGCUGGUUGUCGUCUGCCUUCCUCAAUUUGACAUCCUGACCAAUGUGUUCAUUUCCAACAGUAUUUACCUGAUCCCAUCGGUCCUACAAGUGAUCUCUCUGAAAUUCAUCCAUCAGCUAAGAAUUACAAUACCGCUGGCUGGACUUCUGUUUUUAAUCUGUGGUUAUAUUCUCUUUAUAGCUGGCCAGAUUUUGUACCUGAAAGAACAUGACAAGAUAUACUUGGGUCUGAUUGUAUUAUUCUCAGUUUUAACUUCCCUAACCUGGUGGGAAAACUUUAUCUUAAAUUGGAAGCAUCCAAUAUUUAGACAUCUGAGAUAUGACUUGGAUAAAUCCAGGAAUGUGUUGAGCCUGUGUAUCAGUGUAGUGAGAAUUGUUGUCACUGCUUGUGUUGUAGGAGCUUUGAUACCCAUUCGAGAGUUGGAGUGGGCAACUAUCAGUGAUGUUGCAUCUCAUGAAAUCAGAAUAAUCCUGGGCCUUUUUGGAGUGCAGGCUGUGGCAUCAAUGCUUUGUUCCUGGUUUGGGGGUGUUGCGUGUAAGGUCCAUGCAGUGAAGCGAAGUUUUGGUCUUCCUUUGAUCCUAAAUUCUCCUGUCAUGCUCACCUUUCUCUUGGUAGUUUUCAGAAUUCAUUACAAUGAGUUCCUGCAGACAAACAACAAUUUUAAUAUCUCAGAUUUCUGUGCCAAUUCCAGAACUGCGGUAAAUGAAACAGUUAGUGUAGAUAUCCUCUUUUCAGAAAUCAUUCGCAGUAUCUGCGAGCAGGGAGAUUUAGUAAACAUGGUCAGCGUUGGAUUAGUGGGAGCUGCUGGGGCAGUCUGGUGGGUUGGACUCAUUUUGACAACAAUCUACGUGUGGACCCAGAAUGUCAACAGAAUACAACGGACAUCAGAGACCUUUGUUCGGAGAAUCUACGAAGCUGCCUUUCUAGAACAAUCCAUGCUUCUGAACAAAAGAUACCACAUCAGUCCACGGCACACAGAGGAAAGUGACCCAAGGAAGAAAGAAAAAAUGAUGAUUUAUAUUUGUGCAACAAUGUGGCAUGAAACAGCAGAGGAAAUGAUACGGGUAAUAUCAUCAUUGUUCAGAUUGGACAGAUUCAAGGAAAAGCAUUGGGCAACAUCAGAUAAAAGUGAUGACAGCUUUGACUUUGAAGUCCACAUCAUGUUUGAUGACGCCUUCACGAAUGUUACAGAUAGAGAGGCGGGCACAAGAAAAAGGGUUAUUAAUGAAUUCUUGGAAUCGCUAAUCCAAGCAAUAAAUAAAACUUACAGGGCUUUUCAAGGUAAUAAUGGAACGUCUUCUUCUAAAGAAGGUGACAGGAUGAAUUCAGCAAAGGUGAUCUCCACUCCCUAUGGUGGAAGACUGUCUUACAUUUUACCUUGUGGAAGUGGCCUGCAUGUCCACAUGAAAGACAAGCAACUUAUCCGAAAUCGUAAAAGAUGGUCACAGGUGAUGUAUAUGUAUUAUCUUCUGGGUUGGAAGCUAUACAGGAAGCAUUAUAUAUCUAAGCAACUGCAUCCAGAAAUCAAAGCCAAACUUUGUUCCUACUUAGAGAGGGAGAAAAUGAACACAUACAUUUUGGCACUGGACGGGGACACUGAAUUCCAACCAUCUGCUGUAACUCAACUGAUUGACAGACUUAGAAGAUACCCUAAAGUCGGAGCUGCCUGUGGGCGAAUACACCCAACAGGGUUUGGCCCUAUGGUGUGGUACCAGAAGUUUGAAUAUGCCAUUGGUCACUGGCUCCAGAAGACAGCCGAACACGCGCUGGGUUGCGUGCUGUGCAGUCCAGGCUGUUUCAGCUUGUUCAGGGCAGCUGCUCUAAUGGAUGACAACGUACUGAAAAAAUACACAAUGAAGCCGGUCACAGCAAUGAAUCACUUACAAUAUGAUCAAGGUGAAGACCGGUGGCUUUGCCUCCUGAUGCUGCAGCAGGGCUGGCGAAUCGAGUACUGUGCUGGUUCCGACUCGUACACCAACGCCCCUCAGGAGUUCAAGGAGUUCUUCAACCAACGGCGACGCUGGGACCCGUCAAAAAUCGCAAAUACCAUUGACAUGUUGGGUAGAGGAGUUGAAACUACAAAGAAAAACCCAUCUCUUUCAAAACUUUUCCUCCUUUAUCAGAUCAUUUUUAUGAUAGCUUCUCUUAUCGCUCCGGCUACAGUCUGCUUAAUGGUAGGAGUUGUCAUGACAUAUGUAUUUAACUGGGAUCCCAUUGGUGCUCUGAUAUUUUCAAUAAUCGUCCCAACAUUCUACUUGAUUAUCUGCUUAACAACAAAGCCAGACACCCAGAUUGCAGUGGGUGCAGUUCUAAGCUUGUUGUAUGCCUUCCUAAUGAUUGCAGCACUUUUCAGUAUAAUUGGGUUAAUAUUGUUGGAAGGAACAAUUCUAACGCCAACUGGUAUCUUUAUUACAUCAAUGACAGUUCUGUACUUUGUCAGUGCAGUACUACAUCCGAUGGAGUUUCCACUGAUAGCCUAUGGCCCAUUGUACUUCAUAUGUAUCCCGAGUGGUGCACUUAUCCUGGCUAUUUAUACAUUUACAAAUUUAAAUAUUACUUCUUGGGGCACAAGGGAGUCUGCAACAAAUGUCCAAAACAAAGAUGGAAAUAACGAUGUGUCAAAGGUUAAGUUCUUCAAACAGUGGAAAUGUUACUCCUGGUAUAUUGAUUGUAUUGUUCGAGCCCGCCAGAAACCUAAGGAAUCCAUGCUUCUGGAAACUCCAGCAAGCAUCAAUACAACCAAAGAAGUAAAAGAAGAAGAUCUACCUCUGCAAUACUGUUGGAUCUCUGAAUUAACAAAUGCAAUGCCCAAUACUUGUUUCAUUGAGGAUGAGAUGGAAGAGGAUGAAUCCUUAUUUUGGAGUGAGAUGAUUAAGGGGUAUCUGGAACCUCUUAAAAAUGAUAAAAACCAAGUAGAACAGGCCAAAAAAGAUCUCUUGUCUCUGAGGAAUAAGGCUGUUUUCAUUUACGUCAUAAUUAAUUUGCUAUGGCUUGUGGGAACUUUUAUUCUACAACUGAUGAGUUCCACACUUCGAAUCCAUGUUCCGAAAUUUUACAACGGAGAAAUUAUACCUAACGAACACGUUGAGAUUGAACCCCUUGGAAUCAUCUUCCUUGUUUCUUUUGCACUUAUUCUUGUUCUUCAAUUUCUGGCAAUGCUGUACCACAGAGUUUAUGCUGUUAUCCAUUUGAUGUCAAUUGCUCUGACUGAAUCAAAACCAUCAAAACAUGGACAUCAUUCAAACACCUUUAAGAAAGAAGGAGCUGUUGAAGCCAGUGAGAAGAAAAAAAUGUCCAUUGCGACGAUCACAAGCAUCAGGAGGUACUCAGAACUGACGGAUAUUGGCCUGAUAACUGAGUGAAAAUAACAACAGGCCAAUGGGAGGGAAAGGACUGGAUGAAGGAGGCUCAAUACCAGCAGAGAGCAGUUGGGCAGAAUGGCCUAUCAAAAUUAAAUUGGAUUUUGUAAGAAUAAACAAUUCCUUUUAUUUGAACAAAAGCAAACAUUGAUGAUGCUGGAAAUCUAUAACCAAAACCAAGAAAUCUUGCAGGCACAUGCUAAUCUGUCUAUAUUCAGGGAGAUAAGUUAUUUAGAUUUGUAUAUUACUUCCAAAAAUCUAUCAUAAAACUGUGCACUUUCUUCAAAGCAAUCUUUUCAUUAAUGAUUGUUCCAUCAUUGCUUAUUUUUUUCUAGAAAAAAUCCCAAUUCUGCAUCUUUGUUACAAUUGCAUCAAUAAUUUAAUAUUAAUUACUUUAUUAUUUUUAUGAAUUGAGUGAUGUUUAAAAAUAUUGUUUUAUUUGGUGGUGAAAAUCUGGAUGAGUGCUGUUGAUUCCUAAUAAAAAUUCUAAUGAAUAUAUUGAAUUUAAAAAAUUUAGUUGGGAAUUGAUAAUCAGUGGCAGACUUUUAAAGAGUUUAGAAUUCUCAAUAAAAACUUAUUUUAUUGGUAAAAGGGAGUAAAGGGUGUGUGAGUAAUUUGAUGCCACUAUCAAAAGAACUCUUAAAACUGUGAAAAUAAGCUGGAUGAACAGAAGUUUGGGAGAAUUUCAGAUACCGGAUGAGAGAAAUAGAUCAUAAAAGUACACAUGAAAAAUCUAGAAAACAGAAACUAAGAGCUUGUACAAGUACAUGCAAAGGAAUAGAUGGGAUAAAACUUUAUCCUUGUGGGGGAUGUGAAUGGGGAAUUAAUAUUGAAAAAGGUUACUAAUGAAACACUGCCAGUGGAUAAUGAGUAAAUAUGCAUAUAAAUACCUCAGCUGCUAAAAUGUUAAUAAA